GGAGCGACCGCCCCCGGGGCCGGGAUCCCUGCCUCCGCGCUCGGGGCCGCCGAAGGGGACUUGACGGCUGAGCAUGAGCCAGGCUGCCGGGAGCCAGGUCCCCGCGCGCCCGCAGUCCCCGCGCCGCUCCCGGAAUGCGCGCUGGCCGCCGCGCUCUCCCAAGUUCCCCGCGAGCCGAAUGACGGGCGUCCUCCCGCAGCUCAACGCCGGGGCCGGGCGCUGAGUCCAGGUGAACACAUCCCAUCUGGUCCCGAGUCUCUGCGAGGCACCCCCUGCAUACAGAGUAGAUGGUUCUGAGCCUCUGAGGGUGGCCGACAGGAGAGAGGAGAGAGGAGAGCCGCCCAGGAAGAGCCAGGCUGGCAGCGGCGACCUCAGACUCCACAGAAUGGAGCAAGAAUGAGAGGAAAAAGGCAGGCAGAAAAGCAUGAACUGGAGGUUUGUUGAGCUCCUCUACUUCCUGUUCGUAUGGGGCCGUAUCUCCGUGCAGCCCUCCCUCCAGGAACCAGCUGGGACGGACCAACAUGUCUCCAAGGAGUUUGAUUGGCUUAUUUCAGACAGGGGGCCUUUCCACCACUCCAGGAGCUACCUGUCCUUUGUGGAAAGACACCGUCAAGGAUUUACAACCAGAUAUAAGAUAUACAGGGAGUUUGCCCGUUGGAAGGUGAGGAACACAGCCAUCGAGAGGAGAGACCUGGUCCGUCACCCAGUGCCCCUCAUGCCAGAGUUUCAAAGGAGCAUCCGCCUGCUUGGCAGGAGACCCACCACUCAGCAGUUCAUUGAUACCAUCAUCAAAAAGUACGGCACCCACCUCCUCAUCUCUGCCACCUUGGGAGGGGAGGAGGCCUUGACCAUGUACAUGGACAAAAGUCGCCUCGACAGGAAGUCAGGGAAUGCCACCCAAAGUGUUGAAGCUCUGCACCAGCUUGCAUCAUCCUACUUUGUCGACCGUGAUGGCACCAUGAGGAGGCUCCAUGAGAUCCAGAUAUCAACUGGAGCAAUCAAGGUCACAGAGACGCGCACCGGGCCUCUGGGCUGUAACAGCUACGACAAUCUGGACUCUGUGAGUUCCGUCCUUCUGCAAAGCACGGAGAGCAAACUGCACCUUCAAGGUCUUCAGAUCAUCUUCCCUCAGUAUCUGCAAGAGAAGUUCGUCCAGUCGGCCUUGAGCUACAUCAUGUGCAAUGGGGAGGGAGAGUACGUGUGCCAGAACAGCCAGUGUAGGUGCCAGUGUGCGGAGGAAUUCCCCCAGUGCAACUGCCCCAUCACCGACAUCCAGAUCAUGGAGUACACGCUGGCCAACAUGGCCAAGUCUUGGGCCGAAGCCUACAAGGACCUGGAGAAUUCAGAUGAGUUUAAGUCCUUUAUGAAGCGUCUGCCCAGCAACCACUUCCUGACCAUCGGCAGCAUCCAUCAGCACUGGGGCAACGACUGGGACCUGCAGAACCGCUACAAGCUCCUGCAGAGCGCCACCGAGGCCCAGAGGCAAAAGAUCCAGCGCACGGCCCGCAAGCUGUUCGGCCUCAGCAUCCGCUGCCGCCACAACCCCAACCACCAGCUGCCUAGGGAGAGGACGAUUCAGCAGUGGCUUGCGAGGGUGCAGUCGCUCCUCUACUGCAACGAGAACGGGUUCUGGGGCACCUUCCUGGAGAGCCAGAGGAGCUGCGUGUGCCACGGCAGCACCACGCUGUGCCAGCGCCCCAUCCCCUGCAUCAUAGGAGGGAACAACAGCUGUGCCAUGUGCAGCCUGGCCAACAUCUCGCUCUGCGGCUCCUGCAACAAGGGCUACAAGCUGUACCGAGGCCGCUGCGAACCACAGAACGUGGACUCGGAGCGGAGCGAGCAGUUCAUCAGCUUCGAGACCGACCUGGACUUCCAGGACCUGGAGCUGAAGUACCUGCUGCAGAAGAUGGACUCGCGCCUCUACGUCCACACCACCUUCAUCAGCAACGAGAUCCGCCUCGACACCUUCUUCGAUCCCCGGUGGCGCAAGCGCAUGUCCCUGACACUCAAGAGCAACAAGAACCGCAUGGACUUCAUCCACAUGGUGAUCGGCAUGUCCAUGCGCAUCUGCCAGAUGCGCAACAGCAGCCUGGACCCCAUGUUCUUCGUCUACGUCAACCCCUUCAGCGGGAGCCACUCGGAGGGCUGGAACAUGCCCUUCGGGGAAUUUGGCUACCCGCGUUGGGAGAAGAUCCGUCUCCAAAACAGCCAGUGCUACAACUGGACUCUCUUGCUGGGCAAUCGGUGGAAAACGUUUUUCGAGACGGUCCACAUCUACCUACGUAGUCGGACUCGGCUACCCACCCUCCUGCGGAACGAGACCGGCCAGGGCCCCGUGGACCUGUCCGACCCCUCCAAGAGGCAGUUCUACAUCAAGAUCUCGGAUGUGCAGGUGUUCGGGUACAGCCUGCGGUUCAACGCUGACCUCCUUCGCAGCGCCGUGCAGCAGGUCAACCAGUCCUACACCCAAGGUGGCCAGUUCUAUUCCUCUUCCUCCGUGAUGCUCCUCUUAUUGGACAUUCGGGACCGAAUUAACCGCCUGGCCCCUCCGGUGGCCCCGGGGAAACCCCAGCUGGACCUGUUCUCCUGUAUGCUCAAGCACCGCCUGAAACUCACCAACAGCGAGAUCAUCAGGGUGAACCACGCCUUGGACCUCUACAACACCGAGAUCCUCAAACAGUCGGACCAGAUGACGGCCAAACUCUGUUAGCCUGGGACUCCCCGCCACGGGCUUUCCCUUUUGUUGUACAAAACCUAACAGAACAAAGCAAAGCAAAACAAAACAGACAGAAAUUUGUAAAAUGUAAUUACUGUUCAAAGAAAAGGAGGAAGAGUCUUCAUCCGUUGGAAACGACAACGUUCUAGCAACUGUAUAAAACCGUUGGGCAUGUUUGUGAUUUCUAUACUCUGUCAUGAAGAAGGGUCUCAGCCCUUGGAGGAGCUUGGAGGGGUUGCUUCUUAGGCCUCAGGUGCUGUAUUGUGGGGGGAGAAGGGGAGAGCAUAUGCAACGAAUUGCAAAGAUCUCUGCUGUGCAGGUGCUAAGAUUAAACACUGAAAAGAAAGAGAGAUAUAUGUAAUGUACAAGCGACACUGCCAUUUUUCCUUGUGGGAGGAAAUGGACAUAGAUAAAGAUAUUUCUUGGGUUAUGAUUUCUUCCCUCUUUAUGCCUAAUUCCUUGUGGUUCUUUUGACUCAGUCUCGCACCGGGGCGGGGAUGAGACGACCGUGCCAUCUCACGCAUUCUGAACAAACGGAAGUUAGUUGAAGCUGGACGGUUGGGGGACUUGCAGAGGGCGCUGGGUGGGGGAGAAACAUGAGCGUCCUCACAGGGCGGGACGCCAAUAAGGACCCUCAGAUACCAGCUGUCACACUCCUUGAUUUAGUCCGUGAAACAGGCACGGAGAGAUAAUGGCAUGCCCGUGGCCACACGUAGUUGCCGCCUGGGUAAGGAUUUGAACUCUGCCUUCCGAACCCCUUGGCAGCGCUCCUCCUCCUUCUGAGUCGUGCUGGCCACUCUUGUGCUUUCUCCUCCAGCCACGCUGGCCAGGGAUGAGAUCUUUUUCAGUCUCAGGUUGUUUUGAUAGCCUUUUUUUUUUUCUUUUAACUGAAAAAACCCCAUUUCCCCGGCCUGCCCCCCCAAAAAAAAGAAAAUGGUGUCAGAUUUCCUAGGAAUGCUUUGCAUUUUAAAAUUCUCUUUAAACAAAAAUCAGUAACCACAGUAAACUGGGGUGAGUUCUAACAGUGCAGUGCUCUGCAGGCAGACUUCCCCAAGUAAGGAUGGAAAAAAAAAAAAAAAAGAUCCUUUGAUUAACUCAGAACCCACGCGCGCGUGCACACGCACACAUGCACCCAUCAUGACGCGGCCGAUUCUUUGGCAUCUAGGAAGGCGAGAGGCCUUGUUUUGGGACUUGGUAGUUAAAACGAAAGGAGAAACUCAAAGAAAGAAAACUCAUUUCAGAGCACUCCUGUCGAGGAUCUGGGCAGAUAACACUUCCGAGUCUUCAGGAUCUCUGUUGAUCUUUUUGGUGAGGUGGUACUCCCUAGAGGCGCUCCUGAGCACCCAAAUCUUCAUUUCUGUAUUGUCAGGGAAACAGGAUCACAAAUUUCAGGGUCAAAAGAGAAAAUGGAAUUCCUCUGGUCUAAACGUCUGCCCAGUGCAAACCUCGUCUUCACCACCUUAGGGACAGCGCGGCUGUUUACUGGCUGGACCAUUCCAGGGACAGGAAGCUAAUUAGCUCCACCUUCCACAUUCCUUGAAUUCCUCUUUUCCUGAAAGGGAGCAAUAGUGUCCAUUCCGUUUUGUGUUAUAAAGCAGAUCUAAUUGUUAGAUAGGUCUUCUAUUCCUCGGUCAGCUUUUGCGUACCUUCCGCUCGCUGGUUCUAGUUCGGGAACGCACCUUUCUUUCUCAAGUUAAUGUUAUCUAUCGUAGCUAAAAUACAAAGACCUAUCUCAGGCGUCACCAGAGUCUGUGAUAAUAUGAGUAAAGGAGAACACCACCCCUAACAUAGUCUAAGAGGAAAGGAGGAGAGGGCCUCAGGACAUAAGAAGAAUUACCUAGUGUGUGGUUAUGUGUGUAGGGGUUGGGGUAGCGGCAGGGCGGGGAUUUUUUUUUUUUUUUUGAGAGGCAAAUUCCAAUUUUAAUGUUCCAUUUUUUAGUAUGAAUUAGCAUAUUUUCUGAUACCAACUUUAACACUAACUUGCAUUUCACAUGAACAUAGUUUUCGGGACCUCAGCGUUUGAGCAUUCAGUGUUCAUUUAGAUUGGAAGUCCUUUCAUGCCAGAGAUCACAUAGCAGCUAUUCAUCAAGCACAAGAUUUUGCAGAAGGUCAGCAAAUCAUCAAACAUCUCUUCAAUGCCUGUUAGAUGAAUGGGGCAUGUCAGAGAAACAAAAAUUUGUAAGGACGUGGUCUAUAUUUUUGUGCCACUUGCAAAUUAAUGAAAAAUACAGACAUAUGAACCCAUUGAAAAAAUAAACAAUAAUUAUAGUACACCAUGAUGAGUGCUAUGGCGGGGUCAGGCACACAGAGAGGAGCCCUGAAGAAGUUAUUUUCUCUGUUAAUGGGGUUGGCCACAGCUUUAUAUGGGCACGUUUAUGCUGAGUGUCGGAGGGAAUCGGACUUGGGCAAAUAGCAGGGAGCAGAAGGGCCAGAGGAACAGAGAAUGCAAAACCACAAAGGUAUAAAUAUGCGUGGUAUAUCUGAGGGUCAGUUAACAGCUUCAAAACCGUGACUUUCAAUGGGCAGCCUAACAAGGGCAGUGAGGAUUUCAACUCUGUAUGAGAAGUUGAAAUAAUCUCCAUGUUCUUCAUGACCUGCAAAAUGAAUUUAAGACUGACCACCUCUCAGUGGCCUCCCCUCCUUUUUCCUUUCAUCUCUACUUUCCAAGCACUUCAAAGACUCAUGCUAUCCUCACCCCUGUCCUUGCACUUUACGGAUUGCUAGGCAAUCUUCGUAGGCAUUGUGCUACCUAAUCCUCAUCGCAAUUAAGUUAGGGCCUUCCACCUGAGUUCCUUCCCAGACUUCACCAGAUGUACGUGCAGGAAAACCCUCUUCCCUUCACCUUGAAAGUACUAACUGCAUCGCUUCAUAUUACAAAGAGAACACAGCAAUGUCCAAUGAUCGGAAAGGUCAGGGAAAUAGAGAAAUUUUCAAGGAGAGAGAAAGAUUCAGACAUCAAAAUAUUUAUUCAAAGGCAAAAGAAAAACACUUUGCUAUAUAAGAGGACACCAAGUUCUGUGGAUUUCCCAAUGUCUCCUGCUUGGGUCUGGCCCUUUGAGCUAACAAGUUUCCUCUCCAGCUGGGAGGAAGAGAAGCCUGAAGCCUUCAAGUGAGAUUUUAAUUCAAUUAGUGUCUUACCAAUUUGAUGCAGCAACCAAGGACCCAUGGUGUCUGAUUAAUAUGCUGAUGCUAAGGCAAAAGAGUGAACAGAAUGCCCAUUUGGAUAAGGCCUGGCAGCAAAGCGUGGCAUUGCCAUGGAAACUGCAGAAAGCCAUUAAUUAGCUAUCAAAUAAAAUCAUUGGAAAAUUCUGGACCCUGGCAUAUCUGCCCCCUUCAAAGAGGAGGGCAAGAAGAGGUCAUACUAACAGCAAGUCUCCCUUCAAUGAUUAAAAUCAUAGUUGCACAGAGACUGCUUGUCACCAAGUGGAAGAAAGAUUGGGAAGUAAAACAAAUGGACACAAUGAAAGAAAAAAAGGCUUUGGGAUUAUUCAAAUCCAAGAAUAUAAUUCUAAAUGUAAAGUAUCUUGUUGGGUUUCCUAUGCUGAUAAAGUUAUCUCAAUGACAAA